ACUUAGUCGAUAAUGUUAUAUAUUAGUAAAAAUCUAGUUGCAAUUAUAAUAAUUUUAAGUCAAACAGUUGAGGCUUCCUUGCUUUGCUUGCCUCUAUUUUAAAAGGAGCAACUGGUACAAGCACAGAAUUUACAGUUUGAACAAGACAAAUUAAGAAGAGACAGAGAGAGAAAAGAAAAGAGAAGCUAGCUAAUUAAUUAAGUGCAUAACGAUUAUGGAGGAGCAAGGAAGAGCCUCAACCAACUCUUCUCAUGAAGAAAAUAACAAGAAAGAGAAGGAUCAUAAUCAUCAUCGUAAAAUGGUGGAAUCAUCUCCUAGUACUAAUAGUUUCAAUGAUGAAGCACAAAAGAGUGGAGGUGAGAAUGGAAAAGAUGAUGGAAAUGAUAAUUUGACACCAUCUGCUUCUGAGAAUGAUAAUAAUAAUAAGGUUUCAAAUGGUUUGAAACAGGUACCAAUUAUCACUACGGAAGAGAGAAUCCAAGUGAAGCACAAUUCACCAGAAAAGAGAGAGGAACUUGAAUCAACAAAAGCUGAAAUAGGUGAAGUUAUGGAAGAAAAUCAAAGACUUAAGCAAUACCUAAAUCAAAUCACGAAGGAUUAUCAAUUAUUACAAAAGAAACUCCAUGAUAUAUCCGAACAAGACUCCAAACAAAUUAAAAAUGUCGAAACAACAAUUCCACCUCUUCAAGUACUCUCAAGGUAUGAUGAGGAUGAUGAAGAAGCAGAUCUUGUUUCCCUCAGUUUAGGAAGAUCAUCGAGUCUCGAUUCGAAGAAGAGCAAUAUUAAGCCAAGUAUUGAUACAACAACUAGUUCACCUAAUAAUAAGCGUAAAAAUGUUGAUGAAGAAGCCAAGGAAAGAAGCUUGGAUCUUGGAUUAGAGUGUAAUAAAUUCAAAGCAUCAAGUAUGGUUGAUCAUCCACAAACCCUAAUUCCAAGUUCAAGUACUCCAGAUAAUAGUUUUGAUGAGAUAAAAGAUGGUGGAGAGGAAACUUGGAGCCCAAGUAAUAAAGUUCUUAAUAAGAGUAGUACUAGUGGAGAUGAUGAAGUGGUACAACAACCCCCUAUGAAGAAAGCUAGGGUUUCUGUAAGAGUUAGAUGUGACACCCCUACUAUGAAUGAUGGGUGCCAAUGGAGGAAGUAUGGGCAGAAAAUUUCAAAGGGGAACCCAUGCCCUAGGGCAUACUAUCGUUGCACUGUUGCACCAUCUUGUCCAGUAAGAAAACAGGUGCAAAGAUGCGCUGAGGACAUGUCCAUCUUGAUCACCACAUAUGAAGGUACACACAACCAUCCACUCCCCGUCUCAGCAUCCGCCAUGGCUUCCACCACCUCCGCCGCGGCCUACAUGUUAUUGUCUAAAUCAUCAACAUCUUCAAAUCCAGGAUCACAUCCUUCUACAACAACAAUGACAACACCCAUUGAAACUAAUGGCCUUAACUUCAACAUCCUUGAAAAUAAUUCCAACCCAAAACCAUUUUAUAAUUUCCCUAACCCUUCUUCAUAUUCCACUACCCCUACACACCCAACAAUAACCCUAGACCUUACUACCACUAACUUACCUUCCACAAACCAAUUUAAUAGGGUAUCUUCAAAUUUAACUCCAAGAAACCUCACUUUUAAUUUUUCAGAUAAUAAUUCUAAUAAUAAUAGUAAUUCCCCUUUACUCAAUUGGUCAAAUGGGCUGAUGUCUAGCUAUGGCACUCAAUCCUACAUGAACAAAACCCAAAAUAGUUCACUAAACAUAGGUUCAUCAUCAAGACCACCAACUUCUUAUCCAACUAAUCAUAAUUACUCUUCUAAUCAUGACUUACCCGACACAAUUGCUCAUGCAGCCAAAGUUCUUACUUCAGACCCAAGUUUCCAAUCCAUUCUAACUGCUACAUUGACAUCCUUCAUUAGUGGCAAUAAUGGCAAUGUUAAUAGUGGAAAUGUUGGAAGUAACACCAAUAAUCCUUAUGAAGGAGAAGGUAAUGUCAACAGUAGAAGAUUUAUGGAAAAUAUUAAAUGGGGUGGCCUUAAUACAUCUUCUUCUGCAAAUUCAUCAUUCCAAUCUUCAAGCAAGGAGACACAUUGAUGAUCUAGCUAGCUAGCUACUUCUAACUUGUUGAGCAAUGUUUCUUCGGUGUCGAAUUCGAAACCAGCAGGAAGCCUAUUAAUGUUUCUUUCUCUUCCAUUGGUUUCUUCUACUUGGUGAUCAAUAUUAAUAGUAAUUCUCUUGAUAAUCAACUUGAUCAUUUUAAAAAAAUAUCAUAACAUAUUUGUAGUCGUGUAGAUAAAUAAAAAGCAAAAGAUGGUUUGGUAGAUUAUGAUUUUUGUGGCUAGUAAAUAAUUCUAGGGUUUCUUGUUUUCUCUUUUAUCUUAUGUAUCUAUCAUAUAUACUUUCCUUAAUUGAUAUCUCUUUUAAGAUUUAAGUGAUACUACUACA